CUAUGAGUUCUUUUUUUAACCUACUUCGGAAAAUGUUCCUCCUAUGAAGGAAAACUCGAAACAUGAUGAGAGGGAAGUGGAGCACACGAAAAGAGAAAUCCGGUCUUGCGGUUCACUUGGCAAAACUUUCCCAAAUUCAUUCAUUUCAACUCUUAAUUUAGCGAGACACCCUUUCACUUUUUGUACAUCCAUUCAAUCCUCACUAUUUAAGAUAAUCCGCAGAUAUGGGAUCAGAACACAAACCAAAUUCUGACUGGAGGAAAUUUGCAAUAUACUGGCAACAGGUAAGUCAACAACAUGCUAUCAUUUGAUCAUUGCUUCGGGCUUCAAUUAAUUAAUUAUUUUCAGGAUUAUAUUCAACUAACAAUGACCAUCUGUUGCAGAUCAUCUAACUACCAUAAGAAUGGCAAUUCAGACUAUCACUUGGAUGAGCGCCUUCCUCUGCCUCGCGCAGGUUUUCUCGAUGCCCAUGCCUUGCCAGCUACAAGGACAGCUGGUGCGAACAACCCACAACCUACUGAGAGACAUGGGCGGUCAUUUUCCUCUGGAGUGCCUGCAGGAGAAUGUCUUCAUGGCAUUCCCAGCCACCUCAUUUGCAACCUCCGGGGCGCCACAGUUGAGCAGCAGUGCUGCUAAGGCUAUUUAUGAGACAUUGAAGAACAUCGACACAUUGUUCGGAACUGACGAACUGCCGACAAUGUGGGACCAACAGAAGUUGGAGUAUUUUCAGAACAUUAUCUACCGUCAGAUUGAAGAGAGCGAGUGUAUGAGCAGUGUGGAUACAAGUGAUUAUCCCAUCAGGGCAGAGGGCCUGAAGACAUACUUUGGGAACAUUGCAGCAGUUUUAAAAGAAAAGAAUUUCAGUUACUGCGCCUGGGAAGUGGUUCGAAAAGAACUCCUGUACACCCUAGAAUUCAUUCUGAAACACAACUCUGACAGCCUUCUGUGGUCCAACAGAACAUGAAUUUGAACUUGCAGAUCUUUUUUUACUAAUGUGUUUUACAAUUGUGCUUGAUUUUUAAAGCCUUCUAUUCUACAAUCAUGCAAUGUGCAAUGUCAAACAGCAAUAUCAUACAUGUAUUUAUUUAUGUAUUUAUUUAUCAAGGUUAUUUAUUGAUGUAGGCCUAUUUAUGAAUCUAUUUAUCUAUUUGAAAAUCGUGCCUUUUGUUGCUCUUCAUCAAAUGUUAAGUUAAUAAAAUAAAAAAUACUUUUAAAUAUUGGUAAUCUCAGUGCUCAUUCUGUAUCCAAGUCCAAGGUGUGAUUUUAUGUAGUUAUUUUCUAUUUCACCUUUAUUUAACCAGGUAGGCCAGUUCAGAACAAAUUAUCAUUUACAACUGCGACACUGCCAAGAUAAAGCAAAGCAGUGCGACAAAAGCAACAACACAGAGUUACACAUAAACAAACGUACAGUCAAUAACACAAUAGAAAAAUCUAUGUGCAGUGUGUGCAAAUGUAGAAGAGUAUGGGAGAUAAGACAAUAAACAGGCCAUAGAGGCAAAAUUAUUACAAUUUAGCAUUAACAAUGGAGUGAUAGACGUGCAGAUGAUGAUGUGCAAGUGGACAUACUGGGGUGCAAAAGAGCAAGAGGGUAAGUAAUAAUAUGGGGAUGAGGUAGUUUGGUUUGCAA